UUGCAUUUUCCACUUCAUAUCUCUUCCCACAUUCGGGUUCAAGUUAUUUUUCUUCCAGUCAAUUUUGAAAUAUUUAAUAUCAACCGUCAAAAUGCCUCCCCACAUGAAAAAGCGCAAGGUCCUCGAGUCGUUGCAGGCCGGUCCCAAGAAGAAGUUCAGAAAGCAGCGCGAAUACCACAGCAGCUCCGAAGAAGAGUCCGAAGACGAUGAACCCACCGAUUUCAAGGCUGUCAGCUUGGCCGAUUCCGACGAUGAGGAAGUUCAAGUGAAGCAGCCCAAGAAGCAGACCAAGUCGAUUGGCGCCUCUACGAAGAGAAAAGCGGCGGAGAAAGACGAAAGCUCCGAUGAGGAAGCCGACGAAGAGGAGGAAGAUGGUGAUGUUGAGUCUGAGAUUGAUUCUGAAGGAUCCGACGAUGAAGAGGGUGCCGACUCCGAUACGUCUGCACCUGCGACAUCGGGUCGCAGAGCUGUCUCCAAGCGCAAUGAUCCCUCGGCCUUCUCCACCUCUAUCGCAAAGAUUCUGUCCACCAAACUCCCCACAUCCGUUCGAGACGACCCCGUGCUGGCGCGCAGCAAAGCCGCUGCCCAGAAGAGCACUGACGUGGCGGAGGAGAAGCUGGAUCGGCAAGCGCGAGCCAAGCUGCGUGCGGAGAAGAAGGAAGAGCUGGAUCGUGGUCGUGUUCGCGAUGUCAUGGGUCUGGAGCGUGGCCAGGCGGGUGCCGUUGCUGAGGAGGAGAAGCGUUUGCGCAAGAUUGCCCAGCGUGGUGUGGUGAAGCUGUUCAAUGCCGUCCGCGCCGCCCAGGUGCGCGGAGAGGAAGCAGCCAAGGCAGAGCGCAAGAAGGGUACCGUUGGUAUUGGCGAGCGCGAGAAGGCCGUGAACGAAGUCAGCAAGCAGGGCUUUUUGGACCUGAUUAGCGGGAAGAAGGGCAAGCCGUUGAAGAUCGAGGAGGCUUGAGGAUUUUUACGAGAAGUUUCUGUUCGCUGUUCAAGACCUGGCAUACCUUGGGCGUUUGAGGGGUUGCUCUACUGUUGUUCUGUUUCAUUUUAUCUCAAGUGUUUGGAUUAAAAAGUGAUAUGCUAUUUACAGGUACUUUCAUGCCAAAAAGUGAAUGGAGAUCGGUAUACCCAAUAGAGACACGUUCGUU